CCCCGGUGGCGGACUGGUGCGCAAACUCAUGAGGACGGCGUGAGGACGUGAGGACGUGAGGACGUGAGGACGUGAAGCAGAAGCGUCUGUCACGGUCGGACAUGGGUCACGUUCAUGGUGGGACUCUGUUAGUAUUCUGCGCCGUGUGUGCGGCUCUGAUGUGGAACUCCGGGGCCAGCUCCAUCAGGACCACGCACGGACCGGACACCUCACGUGCUGAAUGUCCCGAAAAUAAAAUCCUAACCGUGGAAUAUCCCUGCAUCCGCGCUGGAGGCAAGAACGCCACCUGCUUCAGGAGGAGGUGCUGUGAGGGGUUCAGGUUUGUGAUGGGCCAGUGCAUACCUGAAAGUGUUGAUGUUUGUGCUGCAUCGCCGUGUGAGCAACAAUGCACGGACCACUUUGGACGAGUCGUCUGCACGUGUUAUCCCGGCUAUCGCUUUGACCGGGAGAGACACCGCAACCACAAGUCUCCCUAUUGUCUGGACAUCGAUGAGUGUGAGCAGUCGGGCAGCAUCAGCGGCGUCUGCGACCACGAGUGUGUCAACACGGCCGGCAGCUUCCUGUGUCGCUGUCACAGCGGGUACAUCCUGGCGCCGGACCAGCGCUCCUGCAUCGCCGUGCACAAUUUGAGUUCAUCGGGGAAGUCGGACACGCUGAUGGGCGCCGCCACCUGCUCCUUCACCUGCCAGGAGUUCACCGACAUGAAAAACAGUCUGCUGCAGCUAAAGCUCAGGAUGGCAAACACGCAGGUUCCCGACCUGGCCAACCGCAGUGACAAACCCCCUGUGGGGAGACCAGGAAAAGGUCCCGACAACACGGGUAGACCUGGUCUACCCGGCCCACCAGGACCUCCUGGAGUCCCAGGACAUCCAGGGGAGCCUGGCAAGAGAGGGGACCCAGGCAGUGAAGGCCCACCGGGCCCUCGGGGACCCCGGGGGGACAUGGGACCCAUGGGUCCAGAGCCUGAUUUGAGGCACAUCAAAAGAGGCCGCAGAGGACCAGUGGGACCACCCGGGGCCCCGGGAAGAGACGGUUCAAAGGGCGACAGAGGAGCUCCUGGUCCCAGAGGUCCUGCUGGCCCCCCCGGUUCCUUCGACUUCCUGCUCCUGAUGAUGGCCGACAUCCGCAACGACAUCAUCGAGCUGCAAGAGAAGGUGUUCGGGGAGAGGCGGGGCAUCUCGCCGGACAGCCCGCCCCAUUCCAGCGGGGAGGAGGACUUUGUGGAGUGGGGGUCCGGGCAAGGAGGGGACCUCAUGCUCAGCACCUGACCUCUGACCCUUCGACAACCGUGACGAUAAGACCCGCACAGACGUGUUCACGUCUUGGAGGCUGCAGCUCUCCAAGACCAUUUCAACUUGGAGGAACUGGGACGGGGUCAUCCAAAACCAGGAGGACAGGAAGCUCUGCGACUGGGAGAGGACUUCAGACCACAAAAGACACGGACUUCCCUCGCUGUGGAUCUUCUCCCCCUUCAGGGGACGCGUGGAGCUGUUCAUCACGGCGUGGACGUGUACUGUUCUGCAAAUGGGAGUCGUUAUGACGGUGGAAGAAAUGGGAACUUUGAACUCUUCACGCCGGCCACAUUUUAAGGACUGAACCAGGAAAGGCUUUGUUGACUUGCAGAUGGACCAAACAAUAAACAAACACGGUGUACCGCCUUUAUCUGAUCAUGACAAACCAGGCUGGGGUGGGACCACAACUUUUCCUGGAUAAACAUUCCGAAAAUGCAAAAAUCACAAGAAAGGCACCCGACUUUGCUCACGUCCCUGCAUGCUUUUUUUUUUUUUAGCACGGAAAGUCAGGCGUUAUUCAUCGAAAGCUCCGACAAAAGAAGUCCUCGCUUCUUCUUUACAAAAAUAAUAACCAUUUCAAUAAAAUGACAUGUUUUUACCUCAGAAA